AUGUCGAACAGAAAGCUCGCACCAGGGUUUGAACUUUCAGCUGAGACUCCGCGAUCAAGCAAGACUCCCUUGUUCAUAGGGGGUAUUCAAGCAUACAUAUACGGCUUGACAGAGGUUUCUGGCGAAGAAAUCGCCGUCUUAUAUCUCGCGCACGGCCGAACACGAUCAUACCUCGACCAAGAAAGCAUUGCGCAUGAGGUACUGCAAAAAUACAGAAAUGAUGCGCGCAAAAAGAUUCCCAUGAUAGCUGUUGCUUUCGAUAUGCGCAAUCACGGCGCCCGCCAGAUAUCUGAAGAAGUCAAUGCAGCAUGGGCAGAAGGCAACAAAAACCACGGUCCGGACAUGAUGUCCACCAUCGAUGGUAGCGUGCACGACUUCAAGCUCCUUCUUGACUAUAUGCCAACGUAUCUACCCUUCAAGAAAUUCCACAACACAAUGAUGGGCGUCUCUUUAGGCGGCCAUAUUGCCUGGCGUCUGCCCCUCGUUGCAAAAGAGCAGCUUGACGGGCUCGUCGUUAUUGUUGGCUGUCCAGAGCUCAACAAGCUCAUGCUCAGUCGCCUUGGCGCUGCACAUGCCCCGAACUACGAAGAGCUGCAGUUGACUGCUGAUCAAAGAGCGAAAUGGCCAGCGGCACUAUUCAAUUCCGUGGAAAGAGAUGACGAUGUUAUUCGUACAGCAUUUCCCCAGAUCCCUAUGCUUUUGUGCACAGGCAAACGCGACACAUUAGUGCCAUCUUUCCAUACAGAGAACUGGUUGUCGGCAAAUAAAAGGGACAAUGUAGAUCUCUUCGUCCAGCAAGACGCAGGGCACGUAUGCACGAAUGAAAUGGUGGCUGGCAUGGCAGAUUGGUUGUGCAAACUAAAUGCGGGCAACAAUGUGAAUAGUUCAAUCUAG